AUCUCUAGACUUAUUAUCUAAUGUGAGUUAUAAUGAAAAAGACGAGUGCUACUUGAUGCAGACUAAAAUCAGCUAAAAUCUUGUUGGCGAUAAACUGAGAAGAAUGAAGAUAAUUGCCCAGCUUAUAAAAGCUUCAUCUCGAGGAGUACUCCUAAGACCAGGUUUGAAGCCAGUCGUCCUAGGAUCAGCCAGAAAUAUGUCGUCAGAUGCUACUUCCAAGUACAACUUUGAGACACUCAAGGUUACCCAGCCAAAGGAGUUCGUUACUCAAGUGGAAUUGAACAGACCAAAACAAUUGAAUGCCAUGAACAAGGCAUUCUGGAGUGAGAUGAGAACCUGUUUCCAACAACUAAACAGUGACAGUGAUUGCCGAGUAAUUGUUUUGUCUGGAUCUGGUAGGGUAUUUACUGCAGGUCUUGACCUCACUGACCUAGAUACAGUUGCAGUCAUGCAAUCUGACCUUGACCCUUCCCGGAAAGCCUUUGCCCUCCGUGGAACUAUUGCUGAUUUCCAAGAAGCAUUCACUGUGAUAGAAAAGUGCACCAAGCCUGUGAUAGCAGCUAUACACAACGCCUGUAUAGGAGGAGGAAUAGACAUGACAUCAGCCUGUGACAUUCGAUAUGCUACACAAGAUUCAUUUUUCCAGAUCAAGGAAGUUGACAUUGGACUGGCAGCAGAUGUUGGAACUCUUCAAAGGUUUCCAAAAAUUGUAGGGAAUGACAGUUUAGUGCGAGAACUGACUUAUACAGCACGGCGAUUUUACAGUGAUGAAGCAAAGGAAAUUGGUUUUAUCAGUCGCAUCUUCCCAGAUAAGGAUUCCAUGAUAGCAGUAGCCAUGGAAACUGCAGAGCUCAUUGCCUCUAAGAGUCCAGUUGCUGUCCAAGGCAGCAAGGUGUCACUUGUGUACUCCCGAGAUCACUCUGUCCGGGAAGGGCUGGAACAUGUGGCUGUAUGGAACCAGGGAAUGAUACAGAGUGAGGAUAUAAUGAAGGCUGUAGUGGCAGGCAUGGAGAAGAAGACUGCAAAAUUCUCAAAGUUGUGAUGGAUCAAAGAAGUUCAAGAAGUGUACAAAGUCUUAUCAUCAAUGUAACAAGGAAAGUCCAUAUCAUAGUAUAUAGCCAUGAAGGUGUACUAUAUAUAAACUUCAUUAUAUAUUCAUUGUACAGAAAAAAUAUUACCAACAAUUUAUUUAAAUAAGAGUUUAAUAUUUAGCUAUUAGAUUGAAAAAGUACAUUCGUUUUCUUUAAAAUGGUGAGUAACUUGGAAAUUGUUAGUUUGGUUGUGGUUCCAUUUUAAAACUAUAUAUUGAAGUGUGACUGUACAGCUCGAUUAAUCGUAUUCAGUGAUGUUGAUAUGUAUGUUUAUGGAGAAAAUUGGAAUUAUAAAUGAAAUGCAAGCAAUAUUGCGUAUGAAAUUUUAUUCGAUAACAUUAUAGUUAUUGCAUAUUUAUUUUGUGAUAAAAUUAAAAUAAUUAUCCAGUUUGCAUUGUUUCUUUGACAAAGAACUCAGCGCAAACAUAUUCCACUAUGCAAAAUAUUAAUCCAUCUCACCUAUUUUCUCUGAUGUAAGUACAAUAAAUUGUAGAUUCAUACACUGUACAUUGCAGUUGCAUCUGCUUCACUAGUUACAUGUAUUAGCUACGUAAUCCUUUAAAUUCUUCUAAUCUAAAAAGAAACUUUAUUUUGACAAAAUUUAGUAUACACCAUCCCUGGAUUAAAAGGUGCAUGCAUAAAAAGGUAUGAGCUGAAAAUAUGAACAAUUAUAAGGACUACUUCCCCUAUUUUUUCAUGCCCGAACAACACAUUCCUCAAUUUUACGUAUGCGUGUAGGUUCCCAUUGCACAAAUGGUAUGGUGGAAUUCAUCUGGAGCUAAAACAAUUGAAUGGUGAAUAUAGACCAAUACUUGACAAAAGUGAUCAUGUUCAGACCAGUAUGUUGUUCAGGAAUUAAUUAACUAGGAGCUGCAAUCAAAAUAAAGCAUGUUCGGAGCGUGAGGACACCGUCACCACUACCACUAUAAUAUACAGUGUAGUUCCGUGAUCUGAUAUAUAGUAACUGAGCAGGAAAAGAAGGCAAUUUGGUUCAUCAGGAUUAGGAAUUUGCGGUUUUAAUUUCCUUAGGAUGAAACUGGAGGAGACUGGCCAUUUUCACUCCGUUUGUGUUGGUUGCCAUUGUCUGGAUUAAGGCUGAAUAGUCAGUCGAUGUUAAAUCUUGAUGAUGACUUGAAGAUGAUAUUUUAUUUCAACACUCACUGUGGUUUAUUUCCAGAGAACAUAAAGCAUAUCUAGUUCAUGUGACUGUGGUUGGAUAACAUCAUUUGAGAGUGUUCAAGACUAUGGCUAAUAUGUGGCUGUUCAACAACGAUAUUAGAUCUAUUGAUACAUCUAUAUAGUCCAUUUGCGAAUCGGAUGUAAAUAUAUAGGAACUUUAAUAAUGGAAAUCGUGGAAAUCGAAUUACGAAUUUUUCAUUACUCAAGUCAAUUUUUAAAUAAAGUCAUAGUAAUUCCUAUA